UGGCUCGUGUCAAACGGGAGAUCGGAGGGUGGCGCGAGCGAGAGGAGACGGGCUCGGUAACGGUCGCCACCGCCCCCCGGGGAUGAGGUGAGGUGUGAUGUCAUGAAUCCUACUGUAUGGAUGUGCUAUCAGUGCUGAUGGCACAGUUGAUCCAAUAUGAAUGUGCAUGACAUUGGAGGAAGACGACGCUAUGAAGACAAUGAGUUUACAUUACAAGUUUACCCAGGGAAUAUAGCAGAAGACACCAUUUAUUGCCCUGUUACUGCAAGGAAAAACACUAGUGCUGCAGAAGUUAUAGAAACCCUUAUUUAUAAAUUGCAGCUUGAAAAGACGAAAUGCUACGUCCUGGCAGAAGUAAAAGAAUUUGGUGGGGAGGAGUGGAUACUCAAUCCAUCAGACUGUCCUGUGCAGCGCAUGAUGCUUUGGCCACGCAGUGCCCUAGAAAAUCGAUUCAGCAGCGAGGACUAUCGCUUCUUACUUAGAGAAAAAAAUCUUGAUGGCUCAAUUCAUUAUAAUAAUCUACAGUCAUGGCUGAGAGUGACGGAGGAGCGAAGGAGGAUGAUGGAGCGGGGAUUUUUGCCCCAACCCCCGCAGAAGGAUUAUAAUGAUUUGUGCAAUCUACCGGACUUGAAUGAAAAAGCACUCCUGGACAACCUGCGCAACAGGUUUAAACAAGAAAAAAUCUACACGUAUGUGGGAACGAUUUUAAUUGCCAUAAACCCUUUCAAAUUUCUUCCUAUUUACAAUCCCAAAUAUGUAAAAAUGUAUGAUAAUCACCAACUGGGAAAGCUGGAGCCCCAUAUAUAUGCAGUUGCUGAUGUGGCAUAUCAUGCCAUGCUGCAACGCAAAAAGAACCAAUGUAUAGUUAUUUCAGGUGAAAGUGGUUCAGGGAAGACACAAAGUACAAAUUUCCUGAUCCAUCAUCUUACAGCUCUGAGCCAGAAGGGUUUUGCCAGUGGAGUGGAACAAAUUAUUCUUGGAGCGGGUCCUGUACUGGAGGCUUUUGGGAAUGCAAAGACAGCUCAUAAUAACAACUCGAGCCGUUUUGGUAAAUUCAUUCAAGUGAACUACCAGGAGACUGGCACUGUACGAGGAGCUUAUGUUGAAAAGUACCUGCUGGAGAAGUCGCGGCUGGUCUACCAGGAGCAUAAUGAACGAAACUAUCAUGUAUUCUAUUACUUGCUGGCAGGAGCCAAUGAAGAAGAGAAAAAAAGUUUCCACCUGCAGGAGCCUGAAGAAUACCAUUACUUGAAUCAGAUGACAAAGAAACCACUCAGACAGACUUGGGAUGAUUAUUACUAUGAUUCAGAACUGGACAGUUUUUCUGUUGAGGGCGAGGAUCUGAAACAUGACUUUGAGCGCUUACAACUAGCCAUGGAAAUGGUUGGAUUCUUGCCCAAGACACGCAAACGGAUAUUUUGCCUCCUGUCUGCAAUUUUACAACUUGGGAAUAUAAAAUACAAAAAGAAGACUUAUCGAGAUGAUUCAGUCGACAUUUGCAACCCAGAAGUGUUGCCCAUUGUCUCGGAGCUUCUGGAGGUUAAAGAAGAUGCACUGUUUGAAGCACUGACCACCAGGAAGACUGUGACAGUUGGAGAGAGACUUAUUCUGCCCUAUAGACUAUCUGAGGCAAUAACUGUACGUGACUCCAUGGCUAAGUCACUUUACGGUGCUCUAUUUGACUGGAUAGUAUUCCGAAUCAACCAUGCACUCCUUAACAAUCGUGACCUAGAAGAACACCAGAAGAUUCUUUCCAUUGGUGUACUUGAUAUUUUUGGCUUUGAGGACUAUGAGAACAACAGCUUUGAACAGUUCUGUAUCAACUUCGCUAAUGAGCGGCUUCAGUACUACUUCAAUCAGCACAUUUUCAAAAUGGAGCAGGAGGAGUACAGGUCAGAAGGUAUCAGUUGGCACAAUAUAGAUCAUACAGACAACAGUGGCUGUAUUAAUCUCAUCAGCAAGAAACCCACAGGCUUACUGCACCUAUUGGAUGAGGAGUGCAAUUUUCCACAGGCAACAAAUCAGACGCUGUUGGAAAAAUUCAAGCGGCAGUAUGAAGGGAACAAUUAUAUCGAGUUCCCAGCGGUGAUGGAGCAAGCUUUUAUAGUAAAACACUAUGCAGGGAAAGUCAAGUACCAAAUGAAGGAUUUUCGAGAAAAGAAUACUGACCACAUGCGUCCCGACAUUGUCGCACUUCUGAAAAGCAGUAAGAACGCCUUCAUCAGCACUCUGAUUGGCAUUGACCCAGUAGCUGUCUUCCGCUGGUCAAUACUGAGGUCCUACUUCCGAGCAGCGGUGGCUUUCCGAGAGGCUGGAAAAUGCUAUGUUGUGAAGAAACCUGGGCCUGGUGAUGCUGUUCCAUUUCCGGUUUUGAAAAGUGUCGAUAGUUUUAGCUUUCUGCAUCACCCAGUUCAUCAGAGGAGUUUAGAGAUUCUCCAGAGGUGCAAGGAGGAGAAGUACAGUAUUACGAGGAAAAGCCCCAGGACACCAUUAUCUAACUUGCAAGGGACAAACACCAUCAAUGACAAAUCAACACGUGACCUACAUGGAAUAAGCUGGAAUGGCAGGACAGGAGUCCAGGCUGCAAGGCUUUCCUCUAGUCAUUCUCUGAUUGAUGAUGAAGGGACUUAUUUGAAUUCUUCUAGCACAAAGCUAUUGGAGAGGGCUCAUGGUGUCCUGAUGAGGAAUAAGAACUCCAAAACCAAACUUGUUCUACCAAAGCACUUAUUAGAUGUGAAGUCGCUGAAGUACCUGAUGGGCCUGACAUUUCAUGACCGUAUUACCAAGUCUUUGCUUCAUUUGCACAAAAAGAAAAAGCCACCCAGCAUUAGUGCCCAAUUUCAGGCUUCUCUAAAUAAACUGAUGGAGACUCUGGGACAGGCAGAGCCCUACUUUGUCAAAUGUAUUCGAUCAAAUGCAGAAAAGGUAGCUAUGCUUGGAAAUUUAAUAAUUUUUCAGGAAUUUGUGGCUCAUUUCCAUGUACUUCUGCCACAAGGCACCAUCUCUUCUCAGUGCAAUAUCAGGAGAUUUAUGAGAAAUGCGAACCUCGAUGUAGCCACUUAUCAAGUAGGAAAAACAAUGAUAUUUAUGAAAGAGGUUGAGCGUCAAAAGCUGCAGGACAUGUUGCACAAGGAGGUCCUGAGACGAAUUGUUUUGCUUCAGAGCUGGUUCCGUGCCGUCCUUGAACAGCGACAGUUUCUCGAUAAGAAGCGGGCAGCAAUUAAAAUACAGAACUGUUGGCGACACUACAAAAUGAAAGAGCAUCUAAUUUGCACAGACCUCAGUGUUUUAAAUGCAGCAGCGACCAGUAUUCAGGCUGUGUGGAAAGGUUACCAACAGAGAAAAAUGCUCUUGCAAAUGCAUGAUGCAGCAAUUGUCAUCCAGAGGUGGUGGCGUGAUUACCACAGAUAUAGACUGGCAGCACUGUGCAUUCAGAAACACUGGCGACGAUACAAGGAGAUGCAAGCAUACAGAGCAUUCAGGGACAGUAUAAUAAAGAUUCAAGCUGCAAACAGAGGUUUUGUAGUACGACGCAGGUUUCAGGCAUUGAAAAGGCAGAAACUCAAAGAAGAGAAGAAACAACUGGAUAGUGAAAAGAUAGAGACCUUGAACAAACACAUCCCAGAUGAAAACCUUCCUGAAAUCAAUAAGCCUUUGCUGAGCAAGUUAGGAGAUAAACUAGUUGAGACUUGCACUUCAAAAGAAAAUGACAGUCAGCAAAUCCAUUCUGAAUGUAGUAAUAAUUCAGUAGAUUUGCAGGUUGGAACUUCUAACUUUUCUAAUAUUGCCAAUGUGCCACAGGGUGUGAUUGUCAGGGAGAGACCAAAGUCCUUUUCUGGAGAUCCAGACAAGCAGAAAGUGGUGCGUGCCAAAAGACAUAGUCGGAGAAUGCGAGAGUUGGAACAAGCCAAGUUUAGCCUUGAAUUGCUGAAGGUGCGAUCAGGCGGUGUGUCUCCCUCAGAGGAGGGACGCUGGUCCACUGAACUGGUAUCUGAUGGUGUGAAUUCCCUAUCUCCUCAGGGAACACCGGACAGCGAGAGCUCAAGAGGUAGUUUUGAAGUACCUAGCUGUGAAGAUGAACUGAAGGGAAAACAGUCUUUAACUGUUUCUGAUGAGCCAUUCUCUGAUUCCAGCCUGCAUACUACUCAGGAUUAUCUGUCAACAAGUCCCAAAUCAAAUAAUCACAGUCUGUCCACUAAUCCAACACUUCAUGGAACAAAUCUGCUUUCCAGUCUUUACACGAACACUAAUUAUUCUAGUCUUGACUCCAAAAUUCCAGAAACAGACAAUAAAGAGUUCCAUCUUCAAAGAUCAAAUUCUGAAGAUCGAUCUCCUAGUCCUAAAUCAAGUGACAGUCAGUUUUCAAGUUCUAAAUUGGACUGUCGUCCAUCUACUCAAUUACAAAAUCAUGAUAAUAUAUCCAGUAGCUCGAAGCCAAAUGAGACUAUCUUUGCACAUUCUGACCACUUUACGAUUGAAGGCACUAUUGCUGUACCCAAAACAGAUGAAGAAGGUGAUCAGUCACUUGAUGGUGAAUUUUCAAAAGAUGAACAGCCUUGUUUAGCAGACAAUACAGGCAUUAACCCCUUUCCUCAAAUUGCAAUUCUUGAAAGACUUGAGCGAUUAAAUGUACAGCAGGCAGAGAGACAAAAGCAGAAACGGCAGCAGAAUGAGAAGGAAAUGAUGGAACAGAUAAGGCAGCAAACAGAAAUCCUGGAGAAGCAACGCAAAGUUUUUGAAAAACAAGAGAAGGACAUGUUUGAGAGGCAGCGAGGGGAAGCGCUGCAGAAAAUAGAACAGUGCAGACAGAAUGAUAUUGCUCCCAUUCCUUUCAGACCUCCAAGUGAACAAACGGGUAGACCUCAGACCUGUCUUGCUUUGCGCUCAGACAAAAAAUGGGAUUCAAAUAUCAAUUCAGAUUCUCAAUCAAUAUCAUCCAAUGAGUCUAAAAUGUUAAACACUGCAGAAGUUUUUGAUAAUUACAAUACCACAAGCUGCCCUGGAAUAAAAGAUCGACCUAUCAGUAUGUUUUUUGAUAAGAAGGAUCUGCAACCAAGUGGCCUACAGGAAAUCGAUAAGCUAGAUGGGUGGACACCAAAACUCAGUUUGGAGUCCCGUGAAUCUGGUACAGAGCAACCCCGACCACCCAAACAGACAGGACCAGGGGCUGCAAACACAGGGGAAGAUGACAGGACCAAUGUCUUGUUUUUUAUGCCCAAAGACAAGAACACACUAAGCAAGUUUAACAAAGAUUCUGUGAAUCUGGAAAAAUCUGAAUUUUCUAAAGAAGGACAAGCUUUCAGAGAAAAGAUGGUGACAACAUCACGAUUAAAAUUAACUGAUGUUGCAAGACCAGCGCACAAAAAGAAAGCCCGCAUGGCGCGGACCCGCUCUGAUUUCUUGACUAGAGGCUCUAACGCUGAAGGGGAGAGAGAGUCUGAGGAAGAGGAAUAUGUUGACCCCUCCGCUGAGCCCCUUCCCUCUCCCGACCAACCUAGGCCUGAGCUGAGGCCCAAGGACAGUGCCAGACAGGCCUGUUACAGUGACUCAGAAAUGAUGCAGUCUACGCGGAAUGACGAUCAGAAGAAGCUGCACAAAGCACAGUCUCAAGAUGAAUUGGGCAGGUUGGACCCUGUUCAAGAAAGUUAUGUCCCAGAUGGCAGAGCUGUUUUGAAGGGUCGUAUGAGGUUCUGGGGAAACAGAAAACAAGGAGAAAAGAAGCUCUCAAGAGAGAAGCUAGCUACUCAGUCAGAGCUGCAGGAGCCCAGCAUGGGUCAGGAUGUCCAGGGGCCACUAUGGAGAAGAGAGCUCAAACCCAGUGAGGCUGUACUUAAUCUAACCACCACUGAAGGAAGGGACAGUCCUUUUAAAGGUCAGGAACUCAUAUCUCAUAAUCUGACCCCACCCAGGAGUCCUGAUUUAGGGCUAGAGCGAGGGAAAGAGUUUAAGGAGAAUAAAGAGCCAUCACCAAAAGUAAAGCGAAGGAGGAGUGUGAAAAUUAGCAACGUGGGCUUGGAGCCCAUACAGUGCCAGCACGACGAGUUACAGAUUAUUACCAGUGCCAAUGAUUUCAAGUGUAUGAAUGAAUUCCUGCAGAAGAAGAUCACUGACCUGGACACUGAUGACUGCAAGAAGGAUACAUUUGUGGAUGUUGUUUUUAAGAAAUCCCUUAAAGAGUUCCGUUUAAAUAUAUUCAACUCUUAUUCGGCAGCUUUAGCGAUGGACAAUGGGAAGAGCAUUCGGUACAAAGAUUUGUAUGCGCUAUUUGAGCAGAUUCUGGAGAAGACGAUGAGACAGGAGCAACGUGAUUGGAAUGAGUCUCCGGUCAAAGUGUGGGUCAACACCUUUAAGGUGUUCCUAGAUGAAUUUAUGAUGGAAUACAAAAUUCUGGAGAAUAACACUGGAAAGGCGCAAAAAGUUGAAAGAAAGAAGAGACGGAAGAAAGAAACUGACAUUGUGGAGGAGUACAAUGGUCAUAUUUUCAAAUCUACACAGUACAGUAUUCCCACCUACUGUGAAUGCUGUUCCUCCCUUAUCUGGAUGAUGGACAGAGCCUGCGUCUGCAAGUUAUGUAGGUAUGCUUGCCAUAGAAAGUGCUGCUUGAAAACUACGAUCAAAUGCUCCAAAAAGUAUGACCCCGAGUUAUCAUCUCGGCAGUUCGGAGUGGAGGUCUCCAGACUUACCAAUGAUGAGAGGUCAGUUCCAUUGGUGGUGGAGAAACUGAUCAACUACAUUGAAAUGCAUGGCUUGUAUACUGAAGGAAUCUAUAGGAAGUCUGGAUCAACCAACAAAAUCAAGGAGCUCAAGCAGGGCCUGGACACAGAUAUUAACAGCAUGAAUCUGGAUGAGUAUAACAUUCAUGUCAUUGCCAGUGUUUUCAAACAGUGGUUGAGGGACCUCCCUAAUCCUUUGAUGACGUUUGAACUCUAUGAUGAGGUUCUGCGAGCAAUGGGUCUCCCAGACAGAAAGGAAAUAAUUAGAGGUGUGUAUUCCAUAAUUGAUCAGUUGUCUCGAACUCACAUCAACACACUUGAACGGCUCAUCUUUCAUCUUGUAAGAAUUGCACUACAAGAAGAAACCAACCGGAUGUCUUCAAAUGCACUGGCUAUUGUCUUUGCUCCAUGUAUUCUUCGAUGUCCGGACACCACUGACCCAUUACAAAGCGUACAAGAUAUUUCAAAAACCACUGCGUGUGUGGAAUUGAUUAUUGUGGAGCAAAUGAACAAGUACCGAGCAAGGCUGAAGGACAUCAACAGCCUGGAGUUUGCAGAGAACAAAGCCAAGAACAGACUGUCGCUCAUCCAUCGCUCAAUAAAACCGGUUAUAAUAGCGGUUAGAUUCAUGAGCAUGAAUCGCAGUUCGAUUCCGCCGAAUGGUAAUAAAAAGGGUAAAGGUCGUCUUCGCCGCUCAAAUUACAGUAGCCCUGGCUCUCCAAUUGGAAUGCGACUGCCAUCAGUUGCAGAUGUUCCUGAAGAAACGGCAAGUGCUGAUGAGUCACCUGACAUGGAUUUGACUGAGCAACAGCAGGCAGCCAUGCAGCAAGAGGAGAGGGCGCUAACUGAGCAGAUAGAGACUCUGCAAAAAGAAAAGGAGGAGCUGACUUUUGAAAUGCUUGCUCUGGAGCCACGAGCCUCUGAUGAUGAAACCCUUGAAUCAGAAGCAUCAAUUGGAACAGCAGACAGCUUUGAAAAUUUAAGCAUGGAUUCUGAGGGAGCAGUAUCAGAAUGUUCUGAAAAAAAAUUAGUGAGCUCCAUCACCCCACACCGACCUGAAGCAGUGAACAGGCUGAGGAGGCCGCUAAGGAAGAAAGCAGAUUCUUUGGAAUCGGUUGAUUUAGCAGUUCAUUCAUCACCUACCAUGUCGUCGUCGUCAUCUUGUUUACCUCAAGGAGGAAGACGAUUCCGUUUUCGUUCAAAAUCACCAUCCCCACACACUUUAUACCACACCCACAAUAUUGCCAACAGCCCUGAGCAAAGAGCAGAUGGAGAUGGGGCAUACAGCCAGUUGAAAGUUCAAGAAGAGAGGCCACAGUUUACAAGUAGAGGCACCUUUAAUCCAGAAAAGGGCAAACAAAAACUAAAGAUGCUGAAGCGCUCAGCCCAGAAACCCAAAGAUCCAACUGAUGGGACCUUGAGCAUAGGGAAAAAGCGUAGUGCUGAACCUGACUUCAGUGCUCACCAGCAGGUGGUGGUAUUUGGGAACAAUGAGUUCAUGGUGUGAGGCCAAUGAUUUUCCAAGGUUUCUGAACUAAUUGGGUAGUGGUCUUCCUUCCGUCCCUACACAUCAUGUUCCUCUUGGUUGCUGCUAUCUAAGUACACCACAUGCAAUACGUCCAGUUCACAUAGAUGGCAUCACUGCCUCAAGGAAUAACAAAGGGAAGUGAUUUCUAUUGAUUUUUAAAAAACCUAUCGGAAGGUUUGUACUGUGGCCUUAACCAUUUAACAAUUGAAAAAUCUCUGCACGACCUGCUGGUAUGCCAAGAAAUAUCUGAGUUGUAUUUCAACAGUUGUUGGUCGCUGUUCUCAAGAGUAAAGAAGAGCAUCUGCACUCCAAAGGGUUAUGAGAGUGAGGCCAUAUUUGAAGAAGCACUUGCUUUCAAGAAAUCAAUCUUCCAGAAAAGAAGGGACUGCUGAGUCUACUCGUUCCAAAAGACUUGAGGAAAUAAGUGGAUCUUAAGUUUUAUCCCAUUGCCACACUCCAUUGAUGCUUGUAGAUAAAGAUCAAGUGAGCUUAUUUGAGAAAUCGCAGAAAGGCUAGAUGCUUACAAUCAGACUCAACAGCACUUCUCACUACCUUAGAGGCACUGCUGUCAGACCAAGGAUUUUUAAAUAUUUUAGGAACAGCCAGUGGCCACUGGGAAAUCUAAGCCAAAAUGUCUUUGUACAAAAAUGCAUUAACCAUGCAUACUAUGUCUGACAUUUUACAGGGUUUCAGGAACCACUUUACCAAUUAAGUUAAUGCUGCUCCUACCUGGGUGUGUAAAUUUAGAAAGUCUGGCAAAAGGGGACCAACCCAACUAAACAGCUUGCAAAACCAACAUCUGUCCAUGCAGCAACGGGCAUGAGCAAAAGUACAGUUACAUUACACCUUGUCAACUGUGAUGCAUGAUAGUAUAGCUAAGCCAAACCCAUGCUUGGUCCUUAUAAAUUUAGCCCAGAAGAAAAUCUUUUAUUGAAUUGUCAGUAUUAAAAGCAAAGAUGACUUGAAGAAUUUUUAGUCUGGUUUCUAAAGCUCACUGUUAAAUGUUUUGUUUUUAAGGUUUAUAUUUUAUUUGAUUUUUCUUCUCUAAAAAUGUUACUUCCAUGAUGUAAGAUUGUAGCUUCCUGUCCAAAGGGGAUAUAUGUGGAGUAGGUUAGGAACAAAACUGAAUGUAACAAUCACUGGAACGGGCAUGCUGGACUUCUCGUAAUCUAUAGUAUGCACAUGACUGUAUAUUUCAAGGAAUCUAUUUGUAAAGGAUAUAUUAUCCUGUGUCAUACUCUAUAAUAAGUACUGAUAUAAACUGUUCAGCAAACACAGCCCAAAUUGAGGUUUCUGUACAGUUUCAACUCUGUAUUUUGACGUUAGCCAUUGGAGUGGCCAACUUAUGUAUAAAAUGCAAUUUGUGUGUACUAUUUCUUAAGUGUAUCUGUAUGAUUGUACAAACAAGUUUAUGAACAAAUACCCUCACAGCUUAUUAAAUAACAAGAGCUGUAAAACUCACUGCUUGACUUUCUUCUUGUGCACCGAAGAGGAACCUGAAAGUGCUAUUGGCAAAACCUGUGUGUCAAGUAAUAGUGAAUGCAUUGUCACAUUUUUUAAAAAAAGCCUUCAUGCUAUGAACAUGAAGACAGGUCAACAAUGCUUGACUUCAUGUGCUUUCUGUGUGCAUAUGUUUGUGUACGUUUUAAUUUUUCCUUAUCCCAAAUCUACUUCUGAUGGAAAUGCUAGCCCAGCUAACUCAUUCUACUACCAGCCAAAACCACCUGAUUCAAUCAGAAACAGUUAGUAGUUACAUUUUCAACUUUGCAUGCUUCAGGCUUUCUCUCUGCUGUCAUCUAAUUGCUUUACUGCAGCUAGGAAGUUGGAGUUUCUUUUUGUUGAUCUUGCUUAGUCAGCUGACGGGCUUUGUGAGGUAGGAGCACUUUGAAGUCCCCCUCCUUUAUUAAUUUCUCUCUACUAAGGAGUGAUUUGGCCACGGGAAAUUGUUUUUUUUUUCAAGAGUACUGUAAUAGAAAUAUUCAUUGAUACUGACUAACCUGCAGAGAGAUCUGUAGGGGACCAGUGUUCAUACAGGAUAACUGCAGCAGGAGAGCAAUAACAGUUGGAGAUGGGGAAUACAUUCCCAUUUUGAUGAGCAGAAGCACUUCUGCCAGCUACUGGAAACUUUAGCUUACCAAAUUGAGCUAGAUCAUUCUGCAGUUCUUGUUAGCUGUGAUUUUUCUGUGCCUCCACCACUCCACACCCCAGCAUCCCAAGAGAAAACUAAUCUGGAACUACCAUGAUCUGUUUAAUAUGUCUAUAUUUAUUUAUAAACUACUGGAUUAUUUGGGUUGGAGCAUUGUCAAUGCUCCUUCAGUAAGUUAUUUCUUAAUCCCAUCAUGUAUCUUUUCUCAGUUGUAUGGAGUUCCUAGAUUCGUGGAAUUUCAAGGAAUUGCUCAGAUAUGUGACAAUUGGCACUGCUAAUACUUGAUAUGAUCGGUCACAGAUUCUUCUGAUUUCUAGUUUUUCUCCUCCAAUUUCUGUCCUGUAGGUGGCAGUGCACACUGAGAUAUGGGUGCACAGGCACUGGAUGCCACUAGUAUGCUACCCAAGGGACCACUUUUCAUUUGUAAACAAAGAAAAUGGUUGUAAGACAGCUGCACUUGAUGCUCCCCUGCCUAAUAUCCAACAUUCAUGCACUUUCUUGCAAAAAUGUCAGAAUAUAGAUCAGGGAUCCAUGGACCUCUAGCUUCACUUCUCUGGCUGAAGGUUGCACUCCAAAUACUAUGCCCCAGUGGUUAGAUCUGUUGAUGUGUGGAGACCAGCACUUGUGCGCGCACACAAUGUUUUGGCUUGAUAUUUGUUUGAAAACUAAGUGCAAAAUAACAUUUUUUGGGAAAAUGUGGGUUGGACAGUGUUAAGUAACAGUGGAGAACAUGAGGCAGUUGUAAGACUCUGAGGUCCCAGUGGGAUAACAUUGCAAAUCACAGGAGUGCAAGAGCUUUGCUUGAGCCUUGAAUUGUCUCCAGUUUGUACUUGAUGUGAUAAGAGCACCAAGCUGAGAAAGUUUCUUCACUUUCUGUAUCCGCUAUAUUGAAAGAUGUCAAUGAAAGUGCAAUGUAAGUAAGUGCAUUAUGUUGGCAUCCAGGAGCUGGUAUAAAGGGAUUACAGGGUUGGUGUUGGGAAUACAUUGCUGAAUUACUGUGUAUCUUGUAUGCUAAUUUAAUAAUUUGCCAUGACCUAAUAAAGUACCUUUCUGUC